CCUCUUUUGAUUUUCAUGUUUUUGUUUCGUUUUUCUCGGUUGCAGGUUACCAAGGUCCCAGUGGAGGAGUGCGAACUGUAUACCACUUUUGAGGAUUGCGUAGGAGGAGGAUCGAGAGGGCAGGAUGUCGUCGGAGACCCCUACUGUGGAUGGUGUACUCUCUACCAGAGGUGCACUAGAGGGGUUGAAUUUGAAUGCCCAGGUGUGGAGAACCCAAGUCUACCUCAUCGCUGGCUGACCAUGGAUGAUGAAAAUACAAGAAUAGAGAAAAUAUCCCCUCCAAACACCGACAGUGGAACAACCAUGAUGCUUCACAUCACUGUCCUAAACCUCCCUGCCCUCGACAAUCAAGAAGCAUACCAAUGUAUUUUUGGUGAGCUCGGAGACCGGCCCGCUGCGGUAAACACCACCAUCCCCAGCAGAACGGUAGUGACUUGCUACACCCCUCCCAACAUUCCAGAGCCUGUGGAUGGAUUUACACAAGUGGAGCUCACGCUGAGGCACACCAAGACAAAUGUGGACGUUGUUUCCACAGACUUCUUUUUCUACAAGUGCAGUACCUUUUCUACAUGUUCUGAGUGUGUUGCGCAGGACUUUGGCUGCAAUUGGUGUGGCUAUGAGAACAUGUGCACGGUCAAUCUUGGUCAGUGUGAACCUGCUGGAAUCAUCUAUGGUGUAGGGUCAGCCACUUCUUCACCUGAUAACUUGGUUGGUCAAGAAUACUGCCCCCGUGUUGAUCUUGGAAACGAUACCGAGAUAUUGAUACCAGCUGGAAUUCUACAGGAUGUCCAGCUCAAUGUUGCCAAUUUGCUGACUCCUCUGGGCGCCCAGACCAGUGGUUACCAGUGUGUUUUUGAGUAUGAAGGCAAAGAAGUGUCCGUCCAAGCUGACUUGGAUGGCGAUGAUCGUCUCGUCUGCCAACAACGUGAGUAUGACUAUAAUGCAGCAAGCAACACUGUUACAGGAUCUAUGACUGUUACAUGGAACAAUGAGUAUGUCAUCACGGAUAAAGAGAUACCAGUUAUCCUGUACAAGUGUGCCGUUGACCGCGCAAACUGUGGGCUCUGCUUGAGUGCCGAUCCCAAGUUCCAGUGCGGCUGGUGCAGUAGUGAGUUUGAAUGUGGGAUCGCAUCUCAGUGCCAGGACAAUGACUGGUUGAUUGGUGAGGAUGCUGUCUGCCCGGACCCAACAAUCAGAGAGAUCUCACCAAUAUCUGGUUACUUUGCUGGUGGGACCAAUCUUACCAUCAAAGGCUACAACCUUGGCUUGACUGCUGCAGACAUCACCAGGAUCACUGUAGCCGGUAUAGAAUGCAUCAAGGAUGAGGCUUCUUACAUCACCGCUCUCCAAAUAAGCUGUACUACCCAAUCCUCUUCCAGACCACACUCUGGGUAUGUAGAGAUGACCAUCGGUAACACUGGUGGACAAAUGUAUGUGGCUACCUCUCAAAGUCUCUUCAGAUACGUGUUGCCAAAGAUCACGGGAGUCAGUCCUACCUACGGUCCAGCUUCUGGAGGUUCUCUGGUCUCCAUCCUGGGCCACAACCUUGAUGCUGGUAGCAGCAGUGUGGCCAAUCUCGUUGGUGUUUCCUGUCAAAUCGUAAGUGCUUCACCGUCCGAGGUACUCUGUCUGAGCGGUCCAGCUGAGGUCGGAACUGAAGGCUAUGUGAGCAUGACGGUGGAUGAUCACUACGUAGAGGGGUCAUCUGUGUUUCAAUACCGGUCUGAUCCAGUUAUAACCAGAGUCAGUCGGUUCAGCAGCAUCAACAGUGGAUCCCUUGAACUAGAUGUUGAAGGUCGAGAUUUUGACGUCAUCCAGUGGCCUCAGCUUAGUUUCCUCCUUGAGGAUGAACAAUUCAUUUCAAACUGCUCAAUAAGUGCAGCAACUUCUAUGAUGUGCUUGACACCAAGCCUGAGUGACCUCAACCUGACCCUACCCCUAGAAGUGCCCAUUGCUAACGUGAGCUUCCUAUUGGACGGUGUGAUGGAGUACACACCCUUGCAGAACAACGGGCAAAUCAGCGGUCUCGAUGAAUACUUCAUCUUUGUUUCCGAUCCCGUUUUUUAUCCGUUUGAGAAUCAGAAGCUUGAACUGGAAUACGAUCAGCGUAAAUUUAUCAAGAUCUCAGGUGAUAACCUUACAUUAGCUUACAGAGAAGGUGAUGUAAGGGUAACUAUAGGAGGAGCACCCUGCACAGAUGUUGUUGUCAAGCUUCAGGAAUUGACAUGCUAUGCCCCGGAGUCACCGCCAUCUGAAAUGGAAGGAAAGAAUUUAUUCGACGUCAGGGUCUACCACGGUGCUCUGAGUUUUCUUGUGGGCCAGGUAGAGUACCUUCCUCAGGCUAUUCCGUUGGCUCUCAUUGUUGGGUCGGUAGCUGGUGGAGUCCUCUUCCUCCUCGUCGUCCUCAUCAUGGGUGUGUGCAUCGCCUCCUACCGGAAGAAUAAUAACAACGAGAAGAUCUUCAAGCAGAUGGAGGAGCAGAUUGGAACCCUGGAGCUCACCGUGGCCCAGGAGUGCAAGGAAGCCUUUGCCGAGUUGCAGACUGGUGUCCUUUCCAUCACACAUGACAUCAAGGGACACGGAAUCCCGAUUCUUGAUUACAGAACUUAUGUUGUCAAGUCUCUGUUCCCUGAGAACCCAAAUCAUGCAGUGCUCAAAGAAUUAUCGGUUGCUGGUGUCAGGAAAGACUUCGUCCAGAAGGGUUUGUGGCAGUUUGGUCAGCUCCUCUCCAACAAGUCAUUCCUCCUGAUAUUCAUACGUGUGUUGGAGGAGCAGCGAACCCUGUCGACCAAGGAUCUCAGCAACGUGGCAUCCCUCCUGGUGGUGGCCUUUCAAGGAAAGAUGGAGUACUGUACCGACGUCUUGAAAGCUCUGAUGGCAAGGGCCAUCAAACAGCACGUCAAGGAGGGCGAAGAGUCGGCCAGGGUCUUCAUGAGGAGGGGAGUAUCUGUUGUUGAGAAGAUGGUUGGCCAUUGGCUUGCGGUCCUGCUCUACAAUCAUCUCCAAGACCAUGCUGGUGAACCUCUCUUCAAACUCUUCUAUGCCAUCAAGCAACAGGUCGAGAAAGGACCAGUCGAUUCUGUGACAGGGGAGGCCAGGUACAGUUUGACGGAGGGAAAGCUCAUCAGACAACAAGUGGAAGUCAAACAAUUGACUUUGAAGGCUCAGGGUCCAGACCGAAACACUCCUAUGGUCGAGGUCAAAGUCUUGGACUGUGAUACCAUCUCCCAGACAAAGGCUAAGAUCCUUGAUGCCAUCUACAAGACAUCGCCCUAUUCACAAAGACCCAAGAAGGAGGAACUUGAUCUAGAAUGGUAUGAUCGACCUGGUGGCAAACUUCUUCUUUUUGAUGACGAUGCUCUGAGACCAAUGGAGGGAGGUUGGAGAAAGCUCAACACCCUUUCACAUUAUCAGGUUAUGGAAGGUGCAACAGUAUACCUGCUUCAGGCUCAGGGAAGCAGUGGAUCCUUACAUUCCAAUCAUUCAUCACCGGCUAGAUCAUACAGUAAUGUGAAUGUUAGCUUUAACGCCCAGACGCCUGCAUCCUCCAUGUCACCUAUGAUCACUCUGGACUAUGAGAAUGCGAAUAGGAUGUGGCACCUGGUCAAGCCUCAAGACCACCAACAACUAGAGAAUGGUGUCACGGAUAGGAAGAUGAUGGCCGAGAUAUACCUCCCCAGACUCUUAACCACAAAGACCAUCUUACACAAGUUUGUGGAUGACCUCGUAACGACCGUCUUCAUCUUGAACGAUGGAAAUUCCUUGCCUCUCGCCAUCAAGUAUCUCUUUGACUUCCUGGAUGAGCAGGCCCAUGAGAAUGGUAUCACAGAUCCAGCCAUCAUCCAUGCAUGGAAAUCAAACAGCCUACCCCUUCGUUUCUGGGUUAACCUCAUCAAAAACCCAGAUAUGAUCUUUGACAUCCACAAGGCUGAUACUGUGGACUCCUGUCUAUCCGUCGUAGCCCAAUGUGUGAUGGAAGCCUGUUCAGUCUCGGAGCAACAACUCAACAAGAAUUCACCAGCGAGCAAGCUACUUUAUGCAAAAGACAUUCCUACAUAUAAGGAAUAUGUUUCACAGUACUACAGAGACAUCCAGAGUAUGCCGGUGAUCAGUGACCAGGAUAUGAAUGCCAUGUUGGCUGAACACUCACAAAGACAUCACUAUGAUUUCCAUAUGCUGUCAGCCCUCAAUGAGCUCUACUUCGGCUAUGCCUGCAAGUACAGAAGUGAGUUAAUAACAGCCUUAGAUGAGGACAGUACAGCCAUCAAACAGGGCCAUGCUGAGAAGAUUGAAGACAUUGAAAGAAUCAUGUCCAAAUCAUUCUGACAAAUAACCAUCAACCCAAUGGAAGCAAGCAGAAAGAAUGGGAUCGUGCUACCAGACUCUGAUAUCAAAUCCACCGCCUGUUAGAGAGAGAGUGAGGGAGAGAUCAAAAGAACAAGAGAGAUAGAGUGAGUGAGUGAUGAAGAGAGCAAGAGAGAGAGAGAGAGAGGGUGAAAAGAGCAAGAGAGAAUAAAGAGAGGACCUUGAUGUAAACAAAAAAAAUGUAAGUACUUGAGACAUCUCAACUGAAAUAAUUAAUUUCAACUCAAAGUAAUUUGAAUCUGGAAUUUAGUGUAAACUUCUUUUUUUGAUAAAAUUUAGGAACCUUAGUUUGAGAAAGAAAUUAGUGUUAGAUUAAUUUUGGUGCAGAGUAACAGUAAAAUGAAUGAGUGGGAGUACACAACGAAGUACAUUACACUUUUGAUAUUUUGUUUCAAUAGAUGAAUUGCUUUCUUAGAAUUAAUUUUCCAGCCACAAUGAAGUAACAAUAAACUGAUGAAAGAUAGAGAGAUGAUAUUAGAUACAAGAGAAAAGGGAGUCUGAAACGAACCAUUCCAAGAAAAUUCUGCCUGCUUUGAUUGGGUUGAUAGUAAACAGAGAAGUUUAUAUCAGAUUAUAUAUAUUUUUAUAUAUUGAUACAAAUUAAUGUACAGAAGAAAACCUUAUCACUUCCAAGAGCUGUUCAUUUUAACAAAUUUCUGUCAUUUUUCUUUUUGCAAUUGUAUGAUGAACUUGUGCUUUUCUUAGAGCUUGAUAGCAGCUGUAAAAAAAAAUAGUUGUAGCAUCAAUAUUUUCAUCCAGCUUCGCAUUGUUAUGGUUUUUGUAAUAGAAAUGUGCAUUGAUAAGUGAAAUGCAAAGGAAUUGUUCCUAGGUGCUUGUAAUCAAUCUACUGCUUUCAUUUUAUUUCAUUUGAUGCAAACUGGCUUAAAGGAUUAAUAAUUAUCCAAGGAUAGAGAUUCCAUUCUGAAUGGAAGUUCUCAGUAAAUCUAGGCUACUGUUAGGUUGUUGCAAGGGAGAUGAUUUGGGGAACAAAUUAAUGGAAUAUUGUACAAUUCGCUCCUACAUUUCUGAAUGAUCUUUAUGGUUUGAUUGAGAAAUCUGGAAUUUGUUGGAUUACAUGAUGUCUAUAUUAUUUAUGAUUCUUAUUCAUAAUGGGAUAAUGAAUUCAAAGAUUUUACUCAUUCAGAGAAGUUGAUUUAUAUUUAAAUUUAUAUAAUUACUGAGAUAUUUUUGAAUAAGUCUUAGUAUCUUAGUAUUUAUCUUCAUUUUAAUAACAUAAAGAUAUAAAAUAAAUAAAGAAAUGCAAUGUUAUUUCAUUAUUGCAUAUAACCUGACCCCAAAAUAUUGUUAAUGUUAUCCUUAUUGCAGUAUUGAAAAUUGGGGUUUCAUGAAUUGAUAUUGAGUGCAUACUCUACUGAUUUUGCAAGUCAAAACGCUUCUUUUUAAUUCCCAAGUACAUCAAUUACUACUUUCAAAUUAAUGUUUAUUUUAGCUAUUGCUUUAAGUAAAUUUUAGCCCCUAACCUACUGUUUUACAUAUGUAUUUAUAUAAAAAGUACAUUGACGAAAAAUACAUUAAAACUUCAUUUAGUUAUCCAUUAUUUAGUACAAUAUAGUACAAUAUUUAAUAAGUUUAAGCAAUACCAAAGAGCUCUAUGGCAGUACUCCCUUUUUAGCAUUUAAUUUAUGCCCUAUUCCUUAAUUGUGACUUUCCUUGUUAACCAUUUUCAAUACUGCAUUUAUACUUUAAUCUUUACCUAUAAUUUAGAUAUGUGUCUGGGCACUUUUACCCAUAACAAGUUUGGUAAACUUGUAUUUAUGCAAAUUCCCUAUUUAAAACAAAACGGAUGUUUUUCCCAAAUAUGCAAGCAUUUUUAUAUUACUGUCAUUUCCAUCUUUAACAAUUAUGUAAUUUGAUAUUUGGUUAUAUUGUAUUUAACAUAUUAUGUAGUUAGAAUAAAGUGUUGAAAGAAAUCCUUCGCAAAGUUAGAAAGUAAAAUAUACUAUGUUAGUCAUUCAUAUUGUAUUCAGGAAAUCCUAAUAACUUGAUUUCUCAUUGUUCAUGACAGCUUUUCUUUAUUAUUUGCUAUGUUCAGCUUGUAUUCCUUUAUUGCAAAUGAGUGAAUGUUUCACUGAUGUAAAGUAUUAUGAUAGUCUUCAUCAAAAGUGCCAUUAUUAUGUUAAACAUUAUAUGAUUAUUUAUACAGUGUAUUUGUGUUUGGCUAUACAGUAUAUGGAUUUUUUUCCCACAUUCCAUGUUUAUAACAAAAUUGUAAUGUCAAGCACUUUUGAAAAAACUCUAGUUUACAUAUGCCUUGUAUCGUGAGCAGGGUUUUUUUUUUUGGGCGGGGGGGUGACAGAUGAGAUGGGAUAAGCAAAAUUUUGUCUCAUUUUUCAAACAUAGGGAAUAGACCUGAUUGAUAUAGUGUCGUGGGAUUGAUGGUACAUGUUAUAUUGCACCAGUAUGACAGCCAUGAUCAUUUGUGUAGGUUUAUUCUGGUUUGAUAUAAAAAAAAAUUAAAAAAAAACAGUGUCUUGUGGGUUCGUAUUGUUCAAGAAACUAAAAAAAAAUUUGUUAUUGCGAAAUAUUUUGUGGUUGGUUUUUUUGUUAAUCAUGAAGCCAGUCUGAAAUUAUUGGACAUAGUUUGCUUUUAAUGAAAAAUUGCAUGUGGAAAUUUAACAAAAAGGGGGCGGUCACAUUCCCAAAUAAUCAUAGACGCUGAUUUACUCGUGUUCUCUGUAGUAUUGUUUAGUAGGGAGAGAUAUAUUCAAAUGAUUGAUUGCUGUACAAAUUUAUGGUUAUCUAAAACUGUAUACCAAGAAAUGCUGAAUACUUCCGUACAAAGUGAUAUUUUAUAUGGAUAGCGAAGACGAUAAGCACUAUUUUAUAUAUCUUGCUCAAUCAUGAUACCAACAAAACUAUGAAAG